AAAUAGAAACUCUACGCCGCCUAUAGGUGAUACUCGUAAAUUACAGCUUCCACUUUGGGUAUUUGUUUUCUCUUUACCGAGGAAAAUGAAAGCGGCUGCCACGUGGGUGAAGAAUGGGCGCAGGUGUUCAAAUGGAUGUGUAUCUCCAGGAAUCCUCAUAACGAUGUCAACUAACUUUUAACCCUUAUAACUUCGGAUAUCUUAUCCACCUGCGGGUUUCCCAGGCUCCUCGCUAAGCUGCAGAUGGAUGGAUCAUAAAUUCAGACAGCACAACGAAGAAACUCUGAAUCUACUUGAUAUCAUGGCUAAAAACGUCACUAACACCACUGAAGUGGAGGUCACCGUGGCCUUCCCUAAUCACCUGUACCGCCAGGUUUCCAAAUCAUCAGCUGAGGAUAAACUGGCUUUCACAGUUCAGGUUCUGGAGGAGGUGGCUGUCCUGUUUGAGGAGGAUCACAGCUCUGCAUCAUGGGAGGACAGCAAAGUGAGGAACUUUCUCAAUAUUGUCAACAAACAGGCUGAAGAGCUUCACUCCUGUAUUGGGAGCCACGGUCACAAGAAGAAAACCACAAAGCUGCACAUGUAUUUUAAGAGACUCUCACAUCAUAUCUUAAAGGAAAUGGGUCACAGUGCUGAAGCCUGGGAGGUGAUCAGGAAGGAAACCAAAGCCCAUCUAAUGAGAGCAGAACAGCUGGCUUCGUCUCUGCACACUGCCCACUAAAACCUGUCUGUUGUCAUGUCUGUGAUGACGGCUGUGUUCUUCUAAUUGCUUGUCUAUUUAUUUAAUUUAUUUAUUUAUUUACUUGGUUGUUUGUAUAUUUAUUUUUGUUUUGAUUGUUUUUCUAUGCUGAUCAAGAUUUUGUAAAAAUUUUGUCUUCAUAAUGAGCAAAAUGAACAUUUUUUUAAAAUAUA